AUGAUUUAUUUUCAACCAGUAGCUUCUGUAGAAGACGUACACGAAGAUAACGGAUGGUGCUUAGUAACAGCACGACAAAAGCGGCGAAAAAGCAUAGAAAUAGAUUCUGCCGUAGCAACGCAGAAAAAAAAUCUAAUGAAUGUUUACGAACGUUUAACUAGUGGCGUUCUUCGACCUCCAAAUAUGUCAUCUCGUGCUCCUCUUCUUUCUGAUUCAGGUGGAAGAGGUUUGAUGUAUCCUCGAUGUGCGAUGGAUUUGCCACAAACUAAGGCAAACUGUUUUUUAUUUAGUUAUGCUUCAAUGGCAAAAAUGGCUUAUUGUCGCCAGCUGUUGUGGAAAAAGCACCAGUCUCAUUUAGCGGAAAAAUUGCAACGGAAACGUCGACAGGACUUGAUAGAUGCUCGUAGAGUUGGCUCUUUGCCUAUUCUUUCAGCGAUCAAUUUUGCUGAUCCAAUUGCUGUUUCUUGUACUGCAGCCGCGUUUAGAAAUCGAAAGGUACUUCAUUUCUUUUUUUUGCACUGUUGGAGUCACUCGCGCUCUAUCUCAUUCCGCUCCUUUACUUCACUUUCUUUAUUGAUUUUUGAGGUGCACUUUACACCAUUUGUGAUUAAUCAUCAGUUCCGUAGAAGAUUGAAUAAAGAUAAUACUGUAGUAACAAUGAACGAGGCUACACCGGAAAGAAGCUUCGACCGUAUAGAGGAAUUGCCAUCAGAAAACGACGAGAAUAAUGAAAUUGCUUCUUCUAAUUUAGAUGAAUCAGUUGUUAAAGAUCUAUUACCAAAUACUAAUAUUCAAAGCAGAUCAGAACCUCCGUUGUCGCACUUAGAGUUACCAGAUGGUAUCGAUGCAGAUGACGCAUGGAGAGCAAUGACUGAAGAGGAGGAAUCAUUAGCACAAGAAGAACAAAGUUUAAAAAAAGAGAUUGCAGAGGAGGAAAGAAUUUCUAUUGAUGAUGAACUGGAACGACAAGUAGCUGCUGAAGCUGCAGCGUUGGAACAAAUGGAAAUUGAAGAGGCUAAAAAACAAAAACCUGAUGCUAGUGAACUUGGAAAAUCUGUCAGGAAGCCGCCUGUUACAUGGGAAGAUGUCGUUAACAAUUGGAAACUGGAAAUGGAGGAGUAUGCAUCGGUAAGUUGGGGAGAAAUAGUAGAACGAGAAAUAACACGUUAUCGUAAACCGGGAGAAUUUGUUGAAAAGCAUGAAAAGUUGUCUUCACCUAGCAGAAAAAGAAACAUGGAAACCGCUACAAAACGACAAGAGGAGCGGCAAAAAAGAGCUGAAGAAUUGCGUCAGACAUUACAAGACGAAAAAGCUCGACGAUUGAAAGAACUUUCCAACAAAGUAGAAGAAGUUAAACGGAAGCGUUCUGAAUUAAAUGAGAGAAAACGUGAUCAUUUGCAAAUGCGGAUGAUGAAAGCGGAAGAGAAUCGACAAAAGAACAUUGAUGAAAAAGUGAAAAAAGCUCGCGAUGAUGAUGUUAAGGUGAUGGAAGUACAGUUUAUCAAUACAAUAGAGGCAGAUAAUAUGCGGCAUGAUGUCAUGGUUCGUAAUCAAGAAUGGAAGCAAAGAGCUCAAACAAUUGCGAAUAAACGAGCUAGAAAAAGUAAAGAAAAAGCAGCUAAGGAAGCUGCAGCCGAAGAGCGCAGGAAAAUCGCAGAAAAUCAGAGAAUAGAAAAGAUACGCGAAAAAUUUGAAAAACAGGAAUUAAUUGAAGCACAACGUAAUGAACAAGAAAAAGAGAGGACUGAAGCUGCUCGAGAACGAAACAAGGCACUGAAUGAGCGUGUUGCCGAAAAGAAGGCGUCGGAAGCUGUUGAAAGUGAGAAGUUAUUAAAGAAAAUCCAGAAAAAGCAAGAAGAGACACGUCGUCGUUAUGAAAAUACUCUAAAUAAAGUAAAGCAUCGUGCUGUUGAACUGAGUAGUCCUAGACCAGUGGAGCCAGUAGCAUCUUUAGCUGAUUUUAUUCACAUGCCUUCAAAUACUCUUUACUGUGCCGUAUUCGAAGAUGAAAAUGAUGGUCGAUGUUCGAAAAAGUGCAAGCUUUGUGAUGCAAUCCUGGACAGUGACUUUUUGAUUAUUUCACAUUUCUUAAGCGCUUCGCAUCUCUCGAAAGCUAAUAUUGAUAUCAAAAAACUAACAUGCGAUUGUUUGAAAGCGGAGAUUGAACAAAACGUUGAAGAAAUUAAUGUUGAAACAAAUAAGAAGUCUACAUUAGAAGAAGAAAGUGAAUAUUCAAAACUCAGUUCAAAUGCCAAAAAACGACGAACUCGUCUUCGGCAAAAAAUCCAGGCGAAGUAUAAUCCAUUUCUUUCAAUCAAAGAAUAUGAAAAAUUGAUUCAAAAGAGCAGCAUAAAUGAAGUUUAUUAUACUCCAAACGAAAAAACGAGUAUUGAUCGGUCUCUUCGAGAUAUCGUUAAAGUGCUAAAGACAACAGUAGGCGAGCAUGCAGUAAAGAAUUUUUGUAACGGAUUGGGAAAAGAUACAUUUCAAGGGAAAAUUUAUCCAGGCGCUGAUUUGCAUACUCUUGAAAGAUCUUUGUCUGAAAUCCUUCGUACUUUGCGAGCAACCGAAAUGGCUAAGCAGCGUGACAUAAUUUUAAAAGCGAUAGUACAGAAUAAUCUUGUAGACUAUUUGGCAGCUUUAGUUUCAUGUUCAACUGAAGGUGACACAGUUACACCGUCAAGAACAUUCUGUAAAGCAGUGACAACUUUGGGAGAACUUUUCAAUAGAGACAAGUAUAUAGCGUCCAGGUUUCUAUUUUCGAACCGCGUUCUGGUGCUUCUAGAUACAUAUAUGAUCAAAUCUAAAUUGUUAGUGUCGCAAAUUGCGAACAGUUCUUCACGAGCAACUUUUGAUGGAUCUCACAGACUUCUAAUUGAAUGCAUGGGUGUGUGUUCAACUGUUUUGUGUAUGGUGGGUUCCUUGUAUCCAAAAACCAAGGAUACUAAUUCAAGAACCGCUGCUGUAUUUGGCAUCACAGAUGAUGACAUUUACUUCAAGUUGUUGUUAAGUUUUCUUCAAUCAAAUGGGUUUAGUGAAGUCGUAAUGUUGCUCAUUAAACACUCAGGUACAAAUGCGGUAUUGCCUUGGUCUGUUGAGCUCGAUUCAAGUGGAGUUGCAGUACCUAUUGUCGUAUACAUAGAUUUACUUUUAGAAAUGGGUGAAUUGAUGCGUAAUUUUGAUCACAAUAAAAGUGCUAUAAUUGUGAUGGCAGUACAAGAACUAUCGAUACGAAUGUAUUCGAUGAUUUUAUCAGGAGGUAGUUCUUCCAAAAUAGCGAUAUUGUAUACUAAGUCUGGAAUCAAUUGCCGCGACGAAGUUGAAGUGAUACAGCUGCUGGCUUCAUGUCUAUUCCAGCUUUGGCUAUUACUUUGGAAAUAUGAACCAUCGGAGGCCAAAAAAUGUCUUGAUGAUACUGAACUUUGUUUACGAUUGGUACUUAUUUCCACAGCUUUGGUAAUGCAAUAUGAAAAAAAUAUUUCUUCCAUUAUCGCAUCGACUGAUUUAAGUGCUUCGGAAAAGCGCGUCAGAAAUUUUCUUCAUUUUCUUAUUGAGGUUGUUGGAUACUUUGCAAUCAGUAGUGAACAAGCUAAGAUGUUUUGUGUAUUUGGCUGGCAACGGUCGCUGUUAAUGAAACUUGCUUCUAUGCCACUGGGAUAUUUUUCAAAUAAUAGUUUAAUGUCAAUAUUGAUGCCAACUUUGAUUGCUAUUUGUUAUAAAAAUCCGUUAGCAAUUGAUUUGAUUAAACCUUCACUGGGUGUUAAAACUUUCGUGGAAUAUCUUGAGGGGGCUCAAAAUGAGAGGUUUCCAGAGCCAGCACGGUUUCCAAGAAAGUUGUGGUCGGAUGCUAUUGAUUAUUUUCAAAAAUGUGAGCAUAUUUAA